GUGAUCGCGCUGGUAUGUGGCUUCAUCACAGCCUUCCUGAUGGUGCUAGCGCUCUCCUCUUCCGACUGGCUGCUGGCGGUGGGUUGGCGCCAGGGCCUCUUCAACCACUGUGUGGAGCCGGGCGCGCCCAAGCCCCUGCCUUUCCAGAUCAACGCCGACGCGGGAUGCCACAAGGCCAGGGAUGAAGGUGAGUGGGCGCCGCCUACAUCAUACAUCAUGGCCAGCGCCGCCCUGUGUGUGAUCUGCCUCCUGCUGGACGUCCUCGCAACCUUCAUGACGGCUCUGGGGCUCAACAACAACGACCCCGCAGUCAAGACGCGCUACUACCGCAUCGCCGUCUGGGUCAUGACCCUUGCACUGAUCGCCAUCUUGGUCGCCCUCAUCCUGUAUCCAGUUUUCUUCGUGCAGGAACUUGAACUUGGAAACCGCACCCUGUGGGAAUUCGGAUGGGCCUACGGCGUUGGCUGGGGCGCGGCCAUCUUCCUCUUCGGCGCCGUCGUCCUCCUGCUGUGCGACCAGGAGGAGGAGGAGAUCUACUACAAGGAGCGCACUAUCAUUCACGCCGAGAAUGACUCCAGGUGA